ACAGUCAUUGCAGACACAGUCGAAACGCCAACAUAAAACUAUAAAAUUAAUUUAGUACAACCAUAAAAAUUACGCAAAAUAAAAAGAAAUUUGCCAAUUCAAUAGCAAUUGUUGGUCAAAAUCAGAGAUCGCAUGCCACACAAAUUCUCCGGAGAUGAUGAUGGACAGAGGGGUGUGGCCCAUUUGGGUAAUUUCGUUGCUUUUUUUGUGGGCAUUCACAAAUCUGGUGGACAUCUGUCGAGCCGAGCGAACCAAUGUGGGCCUUAUCUAUGAAAACACUAAUCCUGAUCUCGAGAAAAUCUUCCACUUGGCCAUUGCCAAGGCGAAUGAGGAGAACGAGGAACUCAAACUGCAUGGCGUGGCCGUAGCCAUUGAGCCAAACAAUGCCUUCGAGGCGUCCAAAAAGCUCUGUAAGAUGCUACGGCAAAAUCUGGUGGCUGUAUUUGGACCGAGCACAAAUCUUCCGGCUCGUCACGCAAUGAGCAUUUGCGAUGCCAAGGAGCUGCCCUUUAUGGACACACGCUGGGACUUUAGUGCACAAUUGCCGACAAUAAAUCUGCAUCCGCAUCCUGUGCAAUUGGGUGUGGCGCUCAAGGAUCUGGUGACGGCGCUGGGCUGGGAGAGUUUCACCAUUAUUUACGAAUCGGGUGAAUAUCUGGUGACAGUCAAUGAGCUGCUGCAGAUGUAUGGAACGGCUGGACCGCCGAUAACCCUGCGACGCUAUGACCUUGACCUCAACGGCAAUUAUCGCAAUGUCCUGCGACGUAUACGCAACGCAGAAGAUAAUUCAUUUGUCGUGGUCGGCUCAACGGAGACGCUGCCCGAGUUAUUUAAGCAGGUGCAGCAGGUGGGUCUGCUAACCAGCGACUAUCGCUACAUCAUUGGGAAUCUUGACUGGCACACCAUGGACCUGGAGGCCUACCAGCAUGCGGACGCCAACAUAACAGGCCUGCGUGUCGUUUCGCCGGAGCAGGAGCAGAUCCAGGAGGUGGCCAAGGCAUUGUACGAGAGCGAGGAGCCCUUUCAGAACGUGUCGUGUCCUCUGACCAACAGCAUGGCCCUAAUCUAUGAUGGCAUACAGCUGCUGGCCGAGACAUACAAACAUGUUAACUUUCGGCCCAUGCCCCUGAGCUGCGGGGACGAUAGCUCGUGGGAUAAAGGAUACACGCUCGUCAACUACAUGAAGUCGCUGACGCUCAACGGACUCACGGGCCCCAUUCAGUUUGACUAUGAGGGACUGCGCACGGAUUUCCAGCUGGAGGUCAUCGAGCUGGGCGUCUCGGGUAUGCAGCAAAUUGGCCAGUGGAGCACCGACGGCGGCUUCGAAAUGAAUCGUCCAGCUGCGCCGCACACCAUCGAACCCGAUAUGCGCUCGCUGAUGAAUAAGAGCUUUGUGGUUGUCACGGCCAUUAGCGAACCGUAUGGCAUGUUAAAGGAGACGUCUGAGAAGCUGGAAGGCAACGCUCAGUUCGAGGGAUUUGGCAUUGAGUUGAUUGAUGAGCUGGCCAAGAAAUUGGGAUUCAGUUACACCUUUUAUCUGCAGCCGGACAAUAAAUAUGGUGGACUUGAUCCCAAAACUGGUGAAUGGAACGGCAUGCUACGCGAAAUAAUAGACAAUCGUGCUGACAUGGGCAUUACCGAUUUGACCAUGACAUCGGAGCGUGAGAGUGGCGUCGAUUUCACCAUUCCAUUUAUGAAUCUGGGCAUAGCGAUUUUGUUUCGCAAACCAAUGAAGGAGCCGCCAAAACUGUUCUCGUUCAUGUCGCCGUUCUCUGGCGAGGUCUGGCUCUGGCUGGGCUUAGCUUAUAUGGGUGUGUCAAUCAGCAUGUUUAUACUGGGGCGUCUCUCUCCAGCGGAAUGGGACAAUCCGUAUCCGUGCAUCGAGGAGCCCACCGAAUUGGAGAAUCAAUUUAGCUUUGCCAACUGCCUUUGGUUCUCGAUUGGCGCCCUCCUGCAGCAGGGCUCCGAGCUGGCUCCCAAAGCCUUUUCAACGCGCGCUGUGGCCUCAUCCUGGUGGUUUUUUACGCUCAUUUUAGUAUCCUCGUAUACGGCCAAUCUUGCUGCCUUUCUCACAGUCGAGUCUCUCGUAACACCCAUCGAGGAUGCCGAGGACUUGUCCGAGAAUAAGGGCGGCGUCAAUUAUGGUGCUAAAAAUGGUGGCAGCACCUUUACCUUCUUCAAGGACGCCAAAUAUCCGACUUACCAGAAGAUGUACGAGUUCAUGAAGGAUAAUCCCCAAUAUAUGACGGACUCGAAUCAAGAAGGCGUCGAUCGCGUUGAGAACACCAAUUACGCAUUCCUCAUGGAGUCCACGACAAUUGAGUAUAUUACCGAAAGACGUUGCACACUGACUCAAGUGGGUGCUCUCCUGGAUGAGAAGGGAUACGGCAUAGCCAUGCGAAAGAAUUGGCCAUAUCGGAAUGUCUUGAGCCAGGCAAUACUGGAGCUGCAGGAGCAGGGUGUGCUGACCAAAAUGAAGACCAAAUGGUGGAAGGAGAAGCGUGGAGGCGGCGCCUGCUCGGAGGUAGCCGAUUCGGAUGCGUCCUCGCUGGGCUUUGCCAAUUUAGGUGGCGUCUAUCUAGUCCUGUUUGUGGGCAGCUGCUUCGGCAGUUUUUACGGCCUGAUUAACUGCGUGCUCAGCGUCUGUUGGACCGCGCGAGAGAACAAGGUUAGCUUGAAGGAAGAGCUGCUAGACGAACUGCGUUUUAUUAUCCAAUGCUCGGGCAACACUAAGGCCGUAAAAUAUCCAAAAACUUCCGGCAGCAGUUCAGGAUCGAGCAGCAGAUCCAAGUCGAAGGGCUCAUCGCUGUCUGUGGACGAUUUACCAGAGGAUCCAUCCAUGGCCGAUGUGGAGGCCGUUAAAGACAAGCGUGCCAAAAAAUAGGCGACAUCGAAUUUUAGUACAUACUCUCUUCGAAGUUGCCAUUCUAUUCGAAUAAAGUUUCUGUUGAGCUUUUUACAAAA